UUCACCAAGACCAUACGUCUGAAGGCAGUUACUAAUACGCGUAAAGAGUUAGUGAUGGCGAGUAACUACAAAUACGGGGGAAAAACAACCACAGAAAAGACAGUAAACGUCGGAAAAAUCGGCGUACGGGAGAGAGAUGAAACUGGUCACAGAACAGGUGUUGGUACUCUUGCCAGGAAGAUGGCGAAGGAACCCAAGAAAACGAUCCGGGCUGCAAAUGAAUUCAAAAACAGCUAUACAAAAAUGCGCCAAGCAAACGAGAUAGGAGGAAACCUUGCAGCACAUCGAGAGGCCAACCGCGAGGCCACUAGAAAGUCUGAUGCUCAAACUGCAGCAGCUUUUAGUGCAAUGAGGGAGCAGUACAAGAGAGUUCGCGUCAAAAAGAACCCCGAUGGUAACUGGCAUAUUGGAGAUACCAGGUCAAAGCAGGAGACCACCGCCACCAUGAACGCGAACAGGUUGGGGCGAGAAGAUGCUAAAAAGCGUUGAUCGCUCAGAGACACGUUGCCAUUCCAAUUUCAAUUAUUCGUUUGGACAUAAGUUAUGGUAACUUUUCCUGUGUGACGAAAUUAAGCUAACGGUUUAGGGUUAAUAUUAACGAUGAUGUUACUAUUUUUACAAUGGUAGCUAGACGCUUAUUUAAGCUUCUAUGAAAAAGUGACAGUUAUUUUUUAAUGGUGUAAGGAGAGUUUUUCGUGAUCUGAGAACGUGAACACAAAUGGGUUCCGUAGAACUCUUUUGAGUGAAGUCAACAACAUAGAAACCAUAUGAUUCUGGCGGCAAAAACACUCGAAUCCGUAGAUCUACAAGACACAAAUCUUUUCCAGUGCUAGAGGCUCCUUUUGCUAGUCCUUCUCGCCACAUUUAUCUACAAGCAUGUAUGCUUUUGUUAAACGAUAAAAAUACAACUAUAUUUAAUCUGAAA